AUGACCCCCUUCGUCAUCAACGUGACCGGCCGCUCAGAGAUCCCCCACCCCGCCGAGCGCGCCCUGAUCAACGUUCAUGUCGCCAGCUCAGGCACCGAUAAAGCCACUGUUUCGUCGCAAGUCAUUUCGACCGCCAAAACCAUCGAAUCCCUCCUGCGCGAGCUCUCACCGCAAGCCGAUUCCCCUGACGCCAAACAAGCUUCUGCCCUCCCGCACUGGUCCAAGACCUCCCUGUCUUUUACAUCGCACGUCCCCUACGGCCCCCAUGGGGGCCAAAAACCCUUUGGAACGAAGCUUUCCGCUCUGCCGCACGUAGAAGUUAAUAAUAUUCUUUGGAUAUUGACACCCACGACGGAGAAAUCAUAUGGUGCGCAGUUGCGAAAGGAAGAAGCGAGGGAUGCGCGGCAGAAAGCGCUGGAUUAUUGCGAGGUGCUGGGUUGUACGAAUCUGAGGCCUGUGGUGCUGAGCGAUGAUGGGAGAUUGCCGCCUGUUAUGGCGCACAUGACGAACCACAAUCCGCAGCAACGGCAGAUGGGACUUAUGUCGCAGCAGGGGCAGGGGCAGGCGCAGGUUGCACAGUGCAUGGUGGGAGGACCUGCUGGAUCAGGAAGUUACGGUGGCAGUCAAGGAACGAGGAACGAGGGUGAAUUGGAGUUUACGCCGCAAGAGGUUAAGAUGAGUAUGGAGGUUAUGGUGCAGUUUCAUGCUGAGUAA